UACCUUCUCGUAGCCUAUAUAUAUUCAAACAGCAACUGUUCAUUCAGAUCAAUACUUUGUCGUUUUCUAAUCAUCCAUCUCCUUCAAUUCAAGUACCAAACUUGUAAACCCAAAAUUUUUCUCUUUCUCUCUCGAUCCCUCCUUCAUUUUCACCAUGGUGCUCGAGGCAACGAUGAUCUGUAUUGAUAAUUCGGAGUGGAUGCGGAAUGGUGAUUACGGUCCUUCUCGAUUUCAGGCUCAAGCCGAUGCUGUUAACCUUAUUUGUGGAGCUAAAACUCAGUCUAAUCCAGAGAAUACAGUGGGAGUUUUAACAAUGGCAGGCAAAGGUGUUCGUGUUUUGGUCACUCCCACAAGUGAUCUUGGCAAAAUCUUAGCUUGCAUGCACGGCUUAGAAAUAGGUGGUGAAAUGAACUUGGCAGCUGGGAUUCAAGUGGCUCAAUUGGCGCUUAAGCAUCGGCAAAAUAAAAAGCAGCAGCAAAGGAUUAUUGUCUUUGCUGGAAGCCCUGUCAAACAUGAGAAGAAGACAUUGGAGAUGAUUGGAAAGAAGUUGAAAAAGAACAGUGUAACGCUUGAUAUUGUAAAUUUCGGUGAAGAUGAUGAAGGGAAGACAGAGAAGCUCGAAGCGCUUCUUGCUGCUGUUAACAAUAAUGAUACUAGUCACAUCGUUCAUAUUCCUGCUGGUCCUAAUGCUCUCUCUGAUGUACUUCUAAGUACACCCAUCUUCACUGGGGACGGGGAAGGUGGAAGUGGUUUUGCAGCUUCGGCAGCAGCAGCUGCAGCUGGUGGCAUCUCUGGUUUUGAGUUCGGCGUGGAUCCCAACCUUGAUCCUGAACUGGCCCUUGCUCUUAGAGUUUCAAUGGAAGAGGAGAGAGCCAGGCAAGAAGCUGCUGCUAAAAAGGCGGCAGAAGAGUCAUCGAAACAAGAAAAGGGUGGGGAAGAACAGGAUGCGACGAUGACAGAACGUGCUAGUGAGGGAGCUUCAGAAGCUGAUAAUAAGAAAAAUGAAUUUUUGCAGGCUCUUGCAAUGUCGAUGGAUGAGCCUGCCUCCAGCCAUGAUUUACAGGAUACUGAGAUGUCAGAUGCAGCUACUGAGGAUCCAGAGCUGGCAUUAGCUCUUCAAUUAUCCGUGCAAGACAGUGCAAAAGAUUCAUCUAGUCAGGCAGAUAUGAGUAAGUUAUUGGCAGACCAGUCAUUCGUAUCCUCCAUCCUUGCAUCGCUUCCCGGGGUAGAUCCAAACGAUCCUUCAGUUAAGGAGGUGCUUGCUUCCAUGCAAAGUCAAUCUGAGCCCCAGCAGAAGCAAGAUGAGGACAAGGCACCAAAGGAGGAAGACAAGAAGUGAUGUUUGUUCGGAUUCGUUUUUCUUUCAGAUUUGUUGUGCAGAUACGGAAGCUCUUCAUGGUUACCACCAGGAUGCAUGUUGAUGGUUAUUAUUUCGUUUUGAAGGCCUUUGUAACAGCAUAUGUUAUUUUCAUUGAAAUGCAUCUCAUUCAUGUUUCCACUAAUUAUAUAUAUACAUAUAUAUAUAUAUUGUUCUAGUACAGAUUUUACUAUAUUAUCAUACAACUUAUUUGCAGUGAAAUCAACAUUUUUCUGGGUGUUAUGUUAUUA